AUGACUACAGUUGGCAGUCUAGUUCAAUGCUCGAUGGGGACAAAAUUUCCUUGUGCCAAUAUCGAGUUAAUUUGUCCACUUGUUGACGACCCACGCUGCAGUUAUGGAGGGAAAGAUUCAGAAGGAAAAAUGAACGCUGUACGCCAGUGGAUGGAAAUGACCCAAAGCAAUGUCCUCCAUCCAAAUGCUGAUGUUAGUAGUUUGGAGACAACACUAGCCAAAUUAGCGGAUAUCGAGAAUAUUAUAACAACAGAAUUGAAAUCCCAGUUAGAAGUAAUGCAAACCGUAGGACAUUCAUUAAAAGAUCUUGGCAGUGUCAACCAUUUAGAUCAUACUGAUAUCGUAAAUCAACAAGUCAAUCAUGUACGCGAUGAACUAUUAAGGUUGAAAGAACAACUAGUGCAAAUGGAGAGUUUCCAUAGAUUCCUUGAUAAAGAAAACAGCUGGAUAGUAAAUCUAAAGGAAUUUACUACCAGAGCAACAGAUCACAUUGGCGGUAGUUAUCGUAUUGUAGGUCAGCAUGUUCAGCUGUUAAAGGAAUUACUAGAAGGUCAUCCUUGUCGAUGCUUUGAUGAUGUUGAAAAACAUGCGAAAGAUCUUGUAAAAUCCCUCGACAAUGAUCACUACCUUAGUACAGUAAAUCACAAGUUGAAUAGUCUUCGAAGCCAUUGGCAAUUUGUUUAUACAGAGAGUCAGACCGCCACAUCCAAUCUAUCAGAAGUCCUCAAGCAGACUCAACUGAUUGAGACUGAGUUAAACAAAAUUUUUAAAUGGUGCGAUCAAAUGGAAACAACCUAUAAAACACCCAUUACUAGUUCCGUUGAAAGGAUGGAAGAGACAAACGCCGAAUUUCUCAAGUAUGAAGGAUUGGUUACUACAUCACAAGAAAUGAUUUUAAAAGUAUUAAAGCGAUCACCGCAACAGAAAAAAAAUAACUGCUAUUUAUCCAAUCAACUGGAUCAGUUGAAACAACGCUGGCAAAAAAUUACAGCAGGUCACCAGGAUUAUCACAAAGCUUCCGAUUUUUUUCUAAAGAUUUCCACCUUGGAUUCAUUUCUCAAAUCGACAAAGAGUACACUGGAUUCAAUUAAGUUAACUAGCGCUGAUACUGAUUGUAUUACAUCUUAUUUGGAACGUUGUCGUGUAUUAAAAUCAGGCCUAGCCGACAUAGAAACCGAUAUUCAGCAAACACUUCUUAUUGGAAGCCCUUCUAAAAUUGCUGCUAAAGAAAAAUUAAAUGUUGCUGAUGUUGAAGUACAGGUCAACAAAUUAAAGAGCUAUUGGCAAUCAUUAAAUAGCAAAAUUGACAACAAAAUUAAAUUUUUCGAGACCGCGUUCACGAUAGCCGAUUUAUGCUCUAAAGAAAGUGAUGAAUUGCAUAGUUGGCUUAGUGAAACUGAUAAACAACUUAAUGAAAGAAAAGAUUAUGCCCAAAGACUAGAUCAAUCCGAAGAAGAUUUGGAAUGGAGUAAGGCAAUACAACAUCAAAUCAUUAAAUGGCAAAUUAGAUUUAACGAGUUUGAUCAGAAAAGUAGCGUAUUAGCCAAUAUGGCUGAAGCAGAGAGUUUGGAUUCCUUACGAACUCAUAUUCAAACCUUUAAGAAGCAGAUUUCAGAUAUUAACGAUAAAUGCGUCGGAAUGCGAGUUUACCUGCAGGAGUACGUUCAGUUUAUGAAGGAAUCAAAGAAGGAGCGUAAAAAUCUUAGCGACGAAAUAGAAAAGCUUCUUAGCCAACUUACUUAUGAUAUUGCCGAAAAUAAAUUGCUUGAUAUUCUUGAUGAGUAUCAAAAUCUUCAACGUGUUGUCGAUGAUCUUGGCGAGAAGACGUUACUAUUUGUCCAAAGGAAAGGUGUUAAUAAAGUCCUUGAAGAAGACAUGGCUAUAACUGAUCUGUUGUGGCAAUCACUAACAGAUAAAUUAUUCCUUGUUGAGAAGAAGAAGCAAUUAAGUUCAAAUAUCGAUCAAAUUGAAGAUGAUAUCACCACCGUUAAUGCUCUAUUGUCUUUCAAGACAUUAAACAGGCAGUACCUCCAAGAUAUAUCCAAAGUUGAUUAUAACGUCAAGAAUACUAAGCAGUUGUUAGAAAGUGUGCCCACCAAAUUUGCUGAUCUGAAAGCUAGCAUUGACGAGGCUGACAAAAAAUCUCGGGAUGAUGCCGUCAAAGAGGAAAUGGCUAGAUUAAAUAUGUUGCAAGAUAAAUGGGAUACGUUAGACGUACAAAAUCGAUUUGCAAAAUUUGCUAAAAUUAUUGAACUCUAUCGAAAAGUGCGCGGCGAUCUUAGUUUCUUUACUGAUUGGCUGAGCAAAGCUGAAGUAGCCAUUAGCAUUGCACGCACCGUGAAUGAUUCUACUCGUGCAAAGGAAAUUGAAAAACAAAUUCCAGAAUACAAGAUAAAAUUUGCUACUUUGUGUCAAGAAAUUGCUGAAAUUUACGAAAGUGCUGCCGCUUCGAUGUAUAGCGGAGAAAUUACAUCAAUAAUUAAGCAAUUUAAAUCUGUUUUGCGCUACUUUCGUCCGGAAGAAUUCGAUGAAGCUGUUGAAACAUCUAUCAGUGACCUCCAAAUGAUUAUGGAAGUAUCCCUUGCAGACCAAAAUAUAUCGAUGAUUAGCAUUAUCCACUACAAUGCAUCAAGGAGACAGUCGGUUAAAUACCUAUGUGUGCAUUCCGCCUCGAGGGGAUUACAUAUUGAGACGAUCAAUGGUACUGACGAUUGGAGAGUAGAAAGUAGCAAAUCCAAGGGAUAA